AUGGGGAAGGUCCACAAAGUGUUUCCCAGCGGCCUGGCGGCUCAGCAGGGCACCAUUCAGAAAGGAGACCAGGUCCUGUCCAUCAACGGCCAGACCCUGCACGGUGUGACCCACGCUGAGGCCACGGCCGCCCUGCGUCAGACCCGCGGGCUGAAGCUGGCCGUGGUGGUGGUCUGCAGGGGGGCCCCCCAGGAGUCCAGGGAGGGCCGGGGCCCUGCAGCCGAGGACUCCAGUCCUGCUGGAGGAGCAGCUGAGCUCAGUGGUCUUCAGUGCGGAGAUGAGGUUCUGCAGGUCCAGGGGGUCAGUCUGCAGGAAAAUACUCGAUUUGAGGCCUGGAACAUGAUCAAGGCUCUACCUCAAGGACCAGUCGCGGUGGUCGUCAGGAGGAGGCAGCCGGCGGAGGAAGGACAGAUGUAGCCAGGACUGGAGUUGAGGGGAGAUGAGGG